AUGCCCUUUACGUAUAAAAUUUCAAAAAUUAUACCAAAAUUCCGACACAUAGCCAAAAUUACGAAAUCAAAAACCCGAAACCAUUUAAUAAUACCUCUACUAAACGAAAAUGUUCUCUACGAAAUUUUCAGAUACUUAGAAACCGACUACAAGUCUCUCCUUUCUUGUAUUUUAGUUUGUCGUUUUUGGUGUCAAAGUGCAUUAUCAUUCUACUGGGCGGAACCGUUCCAUCAUUUAGAUCAUAAAUUAAUUGUAUCAUCUUACAUACGAUGCUUGGACUUCGAUGAAAGGACUGCAUUAGUUAGGAAUGAAGUAGUAGGUGCACGAUAUAAUUAUGCGAAAUACUUGAAGAGCUUAAGUAUGGGUACUCUUUAUGGUGCUGUUGAGAAGUGGGUUGAACACACUGAGAUGGUUCCUCGAGGACGUCGUAAACAACAUCCACAACAGAGAUCUAAUUCCCAACGUAUUCUCGACAUUUGCCAUUCGUUAUGCCGUCUUUUCAUGAGCAAUGACGGAAAUAUCCUCAAUCUUACACUUGAUUGGGGUGACAUAGACUUUUGGCAAAAGUACCCUUCAGAAACAUACUUUGAUAAUGAAUCCACUUCUCUUGUGAAUCUAAGUAGACUCUCAAUACAUUACAUCUACGACUGGCCAAUCUUUAAGCAUUUAGCAAAAUCAGCAGUAAACAUUGAAACUCUCGAAAUUCUUGGUUAUUCAUUAUUUCCCGCACCGAAGCAAUCAUAUGAAAAUGAUUUGGGAUUGUUAAUUUCGAAGCAAAAAAGAUUAAGAAUAUUUAAAUUGUUUGGGUAUGGAACCACGCCAUCGAAUACAAUUUCCGCAAUCGCUAGUCAAGCGAACUCUCUUCAUUCAGUGGAAAUUAUUUAUGUUCAUUUCAGUGGCACCUCUACAGUUCGGGGUCCCUCGUUAGAAGGAUUGGCCGCUUGUAGAAACUUGCGAGAAAUAGUCAUAAAAUAUUGCACUUUCGCGAAUGAUGGUCAAUUGAAACCUCUCGCUUCGGCGAUAUUUCCGUAUCUACGAAAACUCCAUUUCGUUGAGUCGACUUAUGGAUGGGAUGAAACGAUGGUUGCUUUAAUUAGGAAUAACUUUCAAAAUCUCGAAGAAGUGUUCUUCAAGCCAUCACUUAAUGGACUUUCCAUACCACAGGGUAAACCAUAUUCCACAGAAAUUGUUCAAGUAGUCGAAAAAUUAUGCCCAGCCUUAAAAACUCUGGGUAUACCGGUUGGUUGGGAUGAAUUGUGCUAUCUCAGAAAUAUUCUCAGAAAUCCUAAAUGUCAAUUACGUAGUCUCAGCUUAUUUCCCACCUCGCCAUACACCGGUACUCAGAUCAUGGAAGAAUGGCCUGCCUUUGGUCCAUUAAUGCCAAUUACCCUGCGUCACUUGAACGUAUGUAUAAAGAUGAAUGACGAAUACAUGAAAUCAUUUUUGGAAUCGAUUCGUGCACCUUUGGAAACUUUAUGGUUCGAUGCGUGGUUGUACGUUACCGGCUAUAUUUGUUUAAUCGUCUACGAUUUCAUUAAAAAAAGAGACCGCGUGAACGAUCUUGGGUUAAAACAGUCAGCACGAGAGUUCUUAAGAUAUGUCGUUUAA